AUGUCAGACUCCGGUCAAUACCAACGACGACAGCCUCCAAGCCCGCUCGUCUUCUCCCCAGACGCCAUUCUCUCCCCCGUACCCCUCCAGGCCCAGCAGAGCAUCGCCAGUAUCAACAAUGCUUCCGCGUCCAACACGGUGUCCAUGCCGUUCGUCAGACGCCAUGUAACCCGUCGUCUCAAGGCCGCAAAGGCUGAUUGCGAUAAGGAACUCCAGCGCAUCACCAACAAUAUCACCGCCUUCUUCGAGGAGCGCCUUCGCGAAGGCGACCACGAGACAGAGCGGGAUCGCCGCGAACGCGACCAGGACUCCCAGCAGGGUGACCCAGAGCCGCUCAGAGAAGCCUUUGCGUGUGCCCAAGCCUCGGAAUUCGGCGCUCUGCAGACAGACGAGUAUAGCUCAGACGGUGGUUAUGACGCUGAGCCCGAGUACGGUCGACAUAGUCGUCAACGUGCGUGUCCACAAGAACGCUCCCGACCCCCCUCACUUCUCCUUCAUUCCUACUCAUCACCUGUUACAGCGUCUUUCACCUCUGCUCAGAUGAGUCCUGCUUCCAUACGGCGACAUAGUGCUGCUCCAUGGGAUAGGCCGCUCUCGAGCUCUGUUUCGUCGAGCGUCGUUGGUUCCAGCCCAGCAUCGUCCACCAUCCUGUUGCCUGAUGCGCCCAUCACUCGUAAGCAGCCGAACCCGCCUUCUUCUUCCACCUCGUGGGCCACUGGCAGUGCUUCUUCUCGCCGACUCUCGCGCACAAUUCAUAUGUCUGCCCGACCGACCCAUUCCGGUCAAAGCUCGCGUUCGACUUCCCGCUCUCGCUCUCCCCUACCUCCAGUUUCCUCUCAUGCAAGCUUUUCUGAAUAUGCUGUCAGUUCCGCCUUCAACAGACGGUCAUCUCGAAUACUCGUCGAUGAUCCUGUCGACCCUAUCAUGACCGCUCUCUACGAAAUCAUCGGAGUCGCCACGGAUGUUACGGAAAUGACAGUUCCUCAGCUGAUCAACCAGCCAAAAAUUAUGGAGACAAUUGUCCAACGCGUUCAAAAUAUUGGCAGAACAUGGGACGAUCAUCCGGAUUGGCAUGGGCGUAAUUGGUAUGUUCAAGUCCUUCUGGCUGUCGCCAGCCUCAGUCGUGUGGUCGAAUGGUGGGAGGCGGAAAAGCAGUUCUGGAACUUCAAAGACAACGAGGAGGAGGAGGAAGAAGAACCCUUUAUGUUCCUUACGAAACCCAUCGAGGACAGCGGACCCCCACCAUCCUCGUCGCUCCAUACAGACGCUGAACUGGAAGGGUUCAAGCUGAAUGAUGACGACGAUCACAAGGUCCGACCUCCCACUCCGCCAACAAUUACCCGGAAAUCAAGAGAUGAACCCCCGCCAAAGUCUACCACUCCCUCGAAACUUGGACCUCCGAUUUCUUCAAAGCCGCUUCCGAGCGCAUCGCCCUCCAAAAUCAUGGAAGCGACAGAAUCUGCUCGUGUGCUCGCCACGGAGCGUCUUAGGCUACAAGCAGAGACUGCGCAGAACCAGAAUAUCGUCUUGGAAUUGAGCUUGGAUGGAGAUCAUUUCAUUUGGGUAAAUCACGCAUGGCGUGGUGUCGUCGGCACGGAUCCUGAGGGCUUGCCAGGAACUCGAAUAUCGACGCUACUGUCCCCUUCGGAUUGGGCCGUAUUCAAGGAAGCUAGUCAGCGUCUGCAAGAGGAUGAUUCACAUACAGUUGAAGUUCGUUUUAAGCUCCAAAUCGAACCCACUGUGGAGUACGAUCCAUCAGCUGGUACACUAUAUCAACAGAUGGAGGGAAAAGGCAUGCUCAUGAUCGACCGAGAGGAUGGCCAACCCUCGCACACAAUGUGGGUCAUUAAACCCAUCGCCCCUGCUCGAUUCGAACACGACGCACCGACCAUAAUACUUGAGGAGAAUGACCGCGCUCCCGAGCCAGCAUCCACGAUCCGGCAGAACUUCGUCGACCGCCCGGCUUUCGAACCUGUCACUCCCUUCCCAUUCAGUCAACCUGUCAGCACGGACCCCAUUCUAUGUCGCAUAUGCGAAUGCCAGAUUCCUCAGUGGUACUUCGAGAAACAUAGCGAGACGUGCGCCGAAACGCACCGCCUGGAAGCAGAGAUCGUCGAAUGCAACGAAUCUAUAUCUGAGCUACGCAACACCAUUCGCGAUCUCUUAAUUGCGGUUGAUCGACCCUCACCUACUGCCGUGCCAGAAUAUCGCGGUAUGCAAAUCUUCACGCCAUCAGCAUCUACAAUCGUUUCUUCCCCGUUGCAACUUUUCCGUGCCAACAAGAUGCAGCGUCUAGGAGUGAAGAAGAUGCAACGGAGAUUCCUCGACCAAAUCGACGAGAUUCUCGAAGUCGCACUGGAGGUUUCGAUGCCAUCACUCAAGGAGGAGGAAGCGAAGGAGCCGAUAGAGCGACAACGACUACUUUCUCCUGGCUCGGAGCGCAAGAUCACCCAGAUUCGACAAUGGUCGAAGCCAACCACUGAGGACGCUGCGCUAGGGCAAUUGCUUCAGGAUGCAGAACGUGUCAUGAGGCAAAAGAUUGACAACGUUGUGCGGAUGCAAAACACCAUCCGUUAUUCAGAGAAAAUCUGGCUGGAAUGGCAGGAGAAGGUUGAGGGAGUACUCGCCACGGUGGAUGAAUCAGAUGGCGAAAGCGAAGGAAGUGGCUCCGCAGAAGGGGAUGUGGAAGUCGAUGACCUGGAGGUUAAUGAUCAUUCGAGUACGAGGUCGGAGUAUGGCGGUGGCAGUGGGGGGCAGAGAACCGUCGACCCUACUCCUGUAGGCUCGGGGUCUCCUGUUCCAUAUACUUUUGCCCAUGCCCGCACGGCGUCCAUCCCUCUGCCACCCCAGCCUAGUCCGUCCACCCUCAGUGCCCGCCAGUCACUGCAGGCUACACGUUCAUCGACCCCUUCUUCAGUCUCUUCCCCUCUCGCACUUGCCGCUCCGAUUGUAGCUUCAUCGUCACCCGAGGAACAUAUGCCGCAGAUGUCGUUGGACGAAAGUCCAAAUAUCCUGACGGUGAAGACUCGUAAGUCCGCUCAAAACUUAUUGGAACCAAAGUUUGUCAUCACGCCGCCAGCCUCGCCCCUCGUUGCAGCACGCGAUGGUAGCUCUAGCUCUCUUACACGAGAGUCUUCUACCAAACGCUCACAUCGACGGCAUUCCACUGCGAACCUUCUAACGAGUCCGCCGGUUACUGGCCCGCUUUCCCCCCGUCAAACAUCGACUCAGCCCUUGGCUCGGACGACACCGUCGAUCAAGGACUUCGACAUCAUCAAGCCUAUCAGCAAAGGCGCGUUCGGGUCUGUCUUCCUCGCUAAGAAGAAGGCGACUGGGGAUUACUACGCAAUCAAGGUCUUGAAGAAAGCUGACAUGAUUGCGAAGAAUCAGAUUACGAAUGUCAAGGCUGAGCGUAUGAUUCUCAUGAAGCAAGCCGAGUCUCCUUUCGUUGCAAAGCUUUAUUUUACUUUCCAGAGCAAGGAUAAUUUAUAUUUGGUCAUGGAAUACCUCAAUGGUGGCGACUGCGCCGCGCUUAUCAAAUCUCUUGGUUGCCUCCCAGAGGAAUGGACGAAGAAUUAUAUAGCUGAAGUUGUCCUGGGGUUGGAAUACCUGCAUCAAAGAGGCGUUGUACAUCGUGAUCUUAAACCUGAUAACCUGCUGAUUGAUGCUCAUGGUCACCUCAAGCUUACUGACUUUGGGCUCAGUCGGAUUGGUCUACUCGGACGACAAACUCGUGAAGCGCAACUUGGCCGGCCUCUAACUAGGUACAACUCAAGAUCGCGGCCACCUUCGAUGGACUCCGCCUACCUGUCUUCUCCUCUGAUUUAUCCUGAUUCAACUGGUGGAGGUUCGUACUUCGCUCAACGAACAAGUGCAGUACCUCGCGUCGGCCACAGUCCUCAUCAACUCCCUACAGAUGAUUAUGCCGAGUCAAGUGGUUCAGAGUCCUUGUCUGGUCUUCAUACACGUCGCAGCCUCAAGCUCGCUGAGAGUCCCCUGCAAUCAUUUGCGACCGAAUUGACCACCGACCUUCGUUCGCAUUCCAAUUCUGGUGGCGGUGGUACGCCCCCUGGUGAGCAGAAAUUUGUUGGCACUCCAGACUACCUGGCUCCAGAAACCAUCCUCGGCCUUCGUGGCGAUGAUACGACAGUCGAUUGGUGGGCCCUUGGUGUUAUCACCUACGAAUUCUUGUAUGGCAUCCCUCCCUUCCAUGCUGAAACGCCAGAGAAGGUUUUCGAAAACAUCCUCUCUGGACACAUCGAAUGGCACGAAGAAUGGAUUGAUUUCUCCCCUGAGGCUCGUGACUUUAUGCAGGCCUUGAUGACGCUCGAUCCUAAUGAGCGUCUGGGAGCGAAUGGAGCAGAAGAGGUCAAGGCGCACCCAUUCUUCGCAGGCAUUGAUUGGGAUAAGGUCACAACCACAGAAGCAGCAUUCAUCCCGCAGGUGACCGAUCCUGAGUCCACAGACUACUUCGAUCCUCGUGGCGCCAUUCCGCAACUAUUCCAGGACGAAGACCCAGUCGCUCUGCAAAGCCAGUCCACUCUUGACAGCCCAACUGGCAAUUCAACCAUGCCUCCUCCUGUUUCCAUGCCUGUUCCGAUCGCUGGUCGCGAGCCGCCACUGUCUGGAGGAAGUGAUGACUUUGGGUCCUUUAGCUUCAAGAAUUUGCCCGUCUUGAAACAAGCCAAUGACGAUGUGAUCAGAAAACUCAAGACAGACCAAAUGGCGCCCAUCACUCAUGCUCUGACAGAGCCUGCAAAUUAUCAGCAUCAGCGGAAACGGAGCGUCUCCCAGCGCAUCAAGAAACCUCCGAGUGUCGUUACCACGAUGGGCCCAGGGAUGUCUGCUGGACCGCCUUCACCUGCCACCUCAACAUCUUCUAUUGCGUCGUCUCCAUCUCGGGCAAGUCUACCCCCUCCCACACCGGGAAGCAGUGCUGGUCAUGUUCGGAAACCAUCGGAAUACGGCGCCGUUGAGCGUUUCAAGCUCAAUCAUCUCGAAGGAGAACGAAAAAAUUCCCCGAGUCGACUCAGGACGGCUUCGGUCUCAAGCGCAGGUGAUGGGUCUGGCUCUGAGACCUGGCAAUCUGCAGGCUAUGGAAGUCAGCAAGAAUCAAACACGCCCCCCUCUUCCGUCCAUUCCAUUGACCUGCGGAAAGGGCCCGAUCCGACUGACCGCGUCGUGACCUGCCUGCUUGCGGAAGAUAAUCCGAUAACAGCUAAAAUCAUCGAAACGUUAUUAAUUCGACUGGGCUGUCGAUGUGUGGUAGUGGCAGAUGGGUCAGAAGCCAUCAGUGUCGCAAUGGGUGAUAUCAAAUUCGACUGUAUCCUCAUGGAUCUUCAGAUGCCAGUUCUUGAUGGUGAAGGCGCUGCACGGUACAUCAGAAGCACCAACAGCAAGAAUACGAACACCCCGAUCAUUGCUGUGAGCGCCUAUUGCGGCACGGACCCGAACGACACCAGCAAUAUUUUCGCUGCGUCUAUCAGUAAACCGGUCACGAAGGCGGACCUCCUCACGGUCAUGCGUCAACUCGGCUUCAAAACUUCGACAAUGCACGGCGCAACAGCACACACGAAAGUUACUGCUUCCGCCCACGUUUCAUGA